CUCACACUGUCAUCCUCAGACAUCACUCCACUCCAACCAUAUACCGCAUGGACAUGGCUGAUAGUAGCACUUUCUCCUCCUCCGCCGACACCGAUCUGGACUUCUGGCCCACCUCGCAGCUGGACCCCGCUCUCUACCAGAAACCGAUAUACUACUUCGCCAACGACGGCAACAACACGCCGCGCACCGCCCACACGGCUCACCCGCACUUCGAUCCGGCUCUCGACGCUUUCAGGCCUUCUGAGCAUGGCGCCAACGACGACCUCUCGCCCAUCCCGAUGACUCGACUGGCCUCGCAUGCCAUCUCGACUGGACACCAACCAUCUUCGAGCCAACCACGAUACCUCGGCGACAUCAACAGGCAUGGCAAGCGAGACUUUCAUCACAUCGACAUGGAACACUCUCAAAGCUAUACCUACGGCUCGACAUCGACCCCGAACGCCAACUUCACGCAUUAUCCUACCACCCACGUCGACAACGUUCAUGUCUAUGAGCCCGCCGACUUUUGCUCCAAGCUCUCGAGCGAUGCUGCGAGCAAAAAGCGGCGAGUAGAUGACGGCCGCCGUGCUGAGAGCGAGCUCUCGUCCGGCCCAGCCCCCCGGGCAUCAUGCAGUCCGAGGACGAGUAUGAUCACGACGGCACACCUGUCACCGCCGCCUUCUUCCUUCACUAUCACAGAUAGUGAACAGAUGAGUCGGCAGUGUAGUCUGACCAGUGCUUCUUCGGUCUGCACUGAUGCUCACGACAUGAUGCGCGUUGAGUCCAGCU